UUAAAAAUGUUUGGCGGGUACUCUGGUGUCCGGAAAGACAGUUUAGAGGACUUGGAGAGAAAAACCCUGAAUAUGCAGUAUACACUAUUGAUUCUUGGAAUACUUUGCGCACUAAUAGCACUCGCGAACUUCAGUAUCUGCAUAUGGAUCAGGUUUGAUCUUGAUUUUUGGGAAUGGAUUAUAGAGAUCGGAUGGUAUUCCUACUGGAAUGCGAUGUAUGUUGUCAUGAUUGGAAUGGUUCUUACCGCAUUAAAUUCAGCUCUGAUGUGCUACUCUGUAAUGAGUGAGAGUAGAGGUUUAAUGCUACUUUCAGUAGUUCUCAGAUUGAUUAUUUGGUGUGUUGUACUUGCGGGUGCCGUGGUUAUCUGCAUCUACGGAGUAGAAGAGAGUGAUUUACUAGUCAGAGAAUUAGAUUUGAUUUUCCGUAAUCUGAUUAACAAAUGGGACGAGGACCCCCGAGCUAGCAGGAUAUUGAGGAUGAUACAAGAAUAUGUUGGUUGCUGUGGAGCCUCGGGGAACAGGGAUGAUUACUUCAAUGUUAGAAAAGUUAUUCCCAUGGAAUGUAGGCAUCCUGUUACAGGAAAUAAUUACCUGCACGGUUGCCCGCAAACUCUAGCCUGGUGGCUUGAACCCUGGACUGCUACACUCUCCGCUCUAUCAUUACUCUUCACUCUCACAGAUAUUCCGAUGAUCUUCCUCAACUUAAAGCUUAGAUCUCUACUGCUCCAACUCCAAGAAUAAUAAAAAUAUAAACUCGUGUCAAGUUCAAAUAAAAUGUAAACAAUUUUUGGAAUAAUGAUUUUUAAACCAACAAUAAGAAAACGUUACAAA